GGGCUGGGACGACAGAUGCUUGCUACCAUGCCUGGUUUAUGUAGUACUGGGUAUCUAGCUCAGGGCUUUGGCUAGGCAGGCUGAGGCAAGCUUAGUGCAGGCUAAGCAAGCACUUUACUCAUGGAGCUCCAUUUCCAGGUCCAGUCCUCAAUUAAUUUUAAAGAUUACUCUGACUGGCCAGCAAGAUGGCUCCACAGGUAGAGGCACUUUCUGUGACCUGAGUUCUGCCCUCAGAACUUGAUAGAAGGUGGAAGAAGAGAACUAGCUCUACACAGCUGCCCUCUCUUGUCCACAGCACACACAUGAUUCACAUUUACGCGCACACAGUACCAGACAAAAAUGAAAAUCACUUCGAAGACUUUGUAACUGUUAGUCAAAAGUUGCUUAAGAAAGGCAGACAAGGUGGUAUACAGCUGUAUACCAGCACUCAGGAAGCUAAGAAAAGAAUUGUAAGUUCAAGGACAGCCUGAGUUCAAGACCCCCUCCCCCAGGUCUAAGGCUGUAACUCAAUGGUAGUAAUGGUUGCUUAGCAUGUUCAAGGUUGGGUUCAUUACCCAACACUGCAAAAAUAUCAAUACAGUCAGAUAUGGUGGAGGCAGACACUUAACAUUCUAGUUUUGAGGGGCAAGCAGGACCUUUGCAAAUCUGAGACCAGCCUGGUUACAUAGCAAGGCCUUCUCAAAAAUCAAGCAAAAUAAAUGGCUUAAGUUGAGUAUAGUGGUGCAUGCCCAUAAUCCCAGCAUCCUGAGACCAGGACAAAGUCAAAUUCUGCUGCCUACUUGAAAAAACAAUUAUAAAAUAACUUCCAAAUGAUUAAAAAACCAAUAGUCCCAGCCAGGCCUCACCAGCGGCUCACACCUUUAAUCCCAACCGUCAGGCGGAGUUCUGUGAGUUGAAGCCAGUCUGACCGACAUAGUGACUUCUAGGCCAGCUAAGGCUACAUAGUAAGACUCUGUUUAAAGGCGGGAAAGUCUGGCAUGGUGGCUUUUUAAUCUCAGCACUGGGGAGGCAGAAGUAGGUGGAUCUCUGUGAGUUUGAGGCCAGUCUGGUCUACAUAGUUUCAGAAUAGCCAGAGACCCUGUUUCAAAAAAUUUCCCGAGAGGCCUCUCAGAGGUGUUGAGUGGGUGGGUGCAGAGGGCCUGCCACAGGAAUGUCAAUGCCUGCUACUUUGGUUUUCUCCUGAUUCUUGAUGUUUUAAAGAGUUCAAUGAGGGAGACGACACCUUUGAAAUACAGCAGCAAAACAAAACUGACCGCCUGACAUAUAUCUCUCCUCCCAUCUUGUUGGGUGGCUGAGGUAAAAGGUUGCUUGAACCAUAACUCAGAGGGGAGCUUGGGCAGCAUAAUAAUAACCUGUCUGAAGAAUUAAACUGCUGCAGUCAUGGGGAUGCCUCCCUCUAAUUCCCGUAUUGAGGAGACUGAGAUAGGAGGAUAAGUUGGAGGCCAACCUGGACUGCGUACCCUGAGUUACAUGCCAGCCUAGACUACUUGCAGCAACAGCAUAACUUGAAAAGGAAAGGAGAGGGAAGAGCCUUCACCACCGGCACUCCUCCAGCCCCCCGGUACCACCACUCAGCUGUUGUCUACGGGAGCAGCAUGUUCGUCUUCGGGGGAUAUACUGGAGAUAUUUAUUCCAAUUCUAACUUGAAGAAUAAAAAUGACCUCUUUGAAUACAAGUUUGCAACUGGCCAGUGGACAGAGUGGAAGAUUGAAGGAAGGUUGCCUGUUGCCAGGUCAGCCCAUGGGGCUACAGUGUACAGUGACAAGCUCUGGAUCUUUGCUGGCUAUGAUGGCAAUGCCAGGUUGAACGACAUGUGGACAAUUGGCCUCCAAGACCGAGAGCUCACAUGCUGGGAGGAGGUGGCCCAGAGCGGUGAGAUACCCCCAUCCUGCUGCAACUUCCCUGUGGCUGUGUGCCGGGAUAAGAUGUUUGUGUUCUCAGGACAGAGUGGAGCCAAGAUAACCAACAACCUCUUCCAGUUUGAAUUCAAGGACAAGACGUGGACACGCAUCCCUACUGAGCACCUGCUUCGGGGCUCCCCACCCCCACCACAGCGGCGCUAUGGACACACCAUGGUGGCCUUUGACCGUCAUCUCUAUGUGUUUGGGGGUGCAGCAGACAAUACACUGCCCAAUGAGCUGCACUGUUAUGAUGUGGACUUCCAGACCUGGGAGGUUGUCCAACCCAGCUCUGACAGUGAGGUUGGUGGGGCUGAGGUGCCUGAGCGAGCUUCUUCUUCUGAGGAGGCAUCUACUCUAACCUCUGAAGAGCGGAGCAGCUUUAAGAAGUCCAGAGAUGUGUUUGGCCUAGACUUUGGCACCACUUCAACCAAGCAGCCAGUCCACCUGGCAUCAGAGCUGCCCAGUGGGAGGCUCUUCCAUGCUGCUGCUGUCAUAUCUGAUGCCAUGUACAUCUUUGGGGGCACUGUGGACAACAACAUUCGCAGCGGGGAAAUGUACAGGUUCCAGUUCUCUUGCUACCCAAAGUGCACACUGCAUGAAGAUUAUGGGCGCCUAUGGGAGGGCCGCCAGUUCUGUGAUGUGGAGUUUGUGCUUGGUGAGAAGGAAGAGUGUGUGCAGGGUCAUGUUGCCAUUGUCACUGCAAGGAGCCGGUGGCUUCGUAGGAAGAUUGUGCAGGCCCGAGAGUGGCUGGCCCAGAAGCUGGAGGAAGAUGGGGCCCUAGCUCCCAAGGAGGCCCCUGGCUCAACUGUGGGCAGAGCACGGCCACCCCUGUUACGUGUGGCCAUUCGUGAGGCUGAGGCACGGCCAUUUGAGGUGCUCAUGCAGUUUCUCUACACAGACAAGAUCAAGUACCCACGGAAAGGCCAUGUGGAAGACGUGCUGCUCAUCAUGGAUGUGUACAAGCUGGCACUGAGCUUCCAGCUGUGUCGCCUUGAGCAGCUGUGUCGGCAGUACAUCGAGGCCUCUGUGGAUCUGCAGAAUGUGCUGGCUGUGUGCGAGUGCGCUGCCAGGCUACAACUGGGCCAGCUCAAGGAGCAUUGCCUGAACUUCAUAGUGAAGGAAUCCCACUUCAAUCAGGUGAUAAUGAUGAAGGAGUUUGAGCGCCUCUCAUCCCCACUGAUUGUAGAGAUUGUUCGUCGGAAGCAGCAGCCACCCCCUCGCACCCCCUCUGAUCAGCCUGUGGACAUUGGCACAUCUUUGAUCCAGGACAUGAAGGCUUACCUGGAGGGAGCAGGCUCAGAGUUCUGUGACAUCACACUACUGCUAGAUGGCCACCCACGGCCGGCCCACAAAGCCAUCCUGGCUGCCCGCUCUAGCUACUUUGAGGCCAUGUUUCGGUCGUUCAUGCCAGAGGAUGGGCAGGUAAACAUCUCCAUUGGGGAGAUGGUUCCCAGCAGACAGGCCUUUGAGUCCAUGCUGCGCUACAUCUACUAUGGCGAGGUCAACAUGCCCCCUGAGGACUCACUCUACCUGUUUGCAGCCCCCUACUACUAUGGCUUCUACAACAACCGACUGCAGGCAUACUGCAAGCAGAACCUCGAGAUGAAUGUAACAGUGCAGAAUGUGCUGCAGAUUCUGGAGGCAGCUGACAAGACACAGGCACUGGACAUGAAGCGGCACUGCUUGCACAUCAUUGUACACCAAUUCACUAAGGUCAGGCUCUGGCUCUCCCCAGCAGGCCUGGGCACCUCUUGGCCAUUGCCCACUGUCCUUAGACAGCCUAGGCCGGAGCAGGCUGGGCCCCAAGAGGACUUCUCUGCCCACCCUGGUCCUCCUGGGAUUCUCGUUUCAUCUAGUUUUGGUCAUCUGUGCAGGUCUCUAAGCUGCCCACACUGCGGCUGCUGAGCCAGCAGCUGCUGCUGGACAUCAUAGACUCCCUGGCCUCCCAUAUCUCUGACAAGCAGUGUGCAGAGCUGGGUGCUGACAUCUGAGGAUCUCUAUGGGGACCCUACCUGCUUCAAGAGUGAGGACACCCAACCAAUUGGCCACAUCUCCACCUGCAGAAUGAUCACACCUGUGAGGUCAAGGGUCCUCAGCUUCUACAGAGCACUGAGGUGUAUAGGAACUCCCAAAGCCUGCAUCUCAUUGAGGACACCAGCCCUACAGGGAAUGGCAAAUAAAGCAAACUCCCUUUCUAGCUGGCAUCUCUCUGUCAGGAGCCAUUUUGCCUGCUUCUGUGAAAUCCUGCCUAUCAGGCAGUCAAGUCAGGCCAGGGUCUGCUGGCAGAUUUUCUGGCCUGCUGACUCAUGAAGGGUAAGAGGCGAUAUGCUUGAAGCUCAAGGUGAGGGGCUGAAUGCUCUUAAUCUUGGAGGAAGGAACAAGGAGGCCUCCAGAUAGGUACAGAUGUCCAAUGUCCAUCAGCCAUUGACCCUGCUGGCUUGUGACUUUGUUUCCCAAGACUGUAAGGUAUAUAGAGCCUAUGAGAAUUAUUAAACUCGGAGCUGCUGCAGUACUGACUAGACAGCCCUCCCAAUUUCUAA